GACGUGAAUGUGACCAACGAUGACAUCAACCAAUACGAGGAGGAGAUGGACAUCGACUACGCCAGUCCUCCCGAGGGAGGCCUCACACCUGUCACCAAAUGCUGUCUUAAGAGACAGUGUUUCACGAAAUUUGCGCCACAAGUGCAGGAGGACUGCUUCAACAGGUUUUGGUGCAUAAGAAGCAAAACCAAUCAGAACUACUUCCUCGCGGGUCUCAUGAGCGCCGACGAGCCCAAGAGGACGGUCCAGAAGCCCGUCCGUCACAACAAGUCGGUCUCGUGGACCUACUUCGUGGACGUGAGGGGCAAGAAAGUCCAGGUUUGCCAGAACUUCCUGACCGCCGUCUACGGCAUCUCCUCCUCCAAGAUACAGACCAUUCAACACAAACUGCUGAACGGCUCCUCACUGGACGACCUCAGGGGCCGCUUCUCGAAGCGCAAGAAGUCGGACCACGACUCACAGCACGUGACCGUCGAUGUCGUCUCCUUCCAGACCACCGACAAGAAGGUCCGCAAAAAGAAAGUCAAAUGAAUUGCAUGUCUUUCACUCUAAUCUCGAAGUUUUGUUAUAGUUUUGAAAAAACUUUCAAAUUGUUGAAUACGGAC